AGUGGGGGAGAGGAGGAUGGAGGAUAAGGGAGGAAUCAGAUGAGGGUAUAAAGAUGAGAGUUUUGGGAGUGAGAAGAAGGUUGCCAGAGAUAAUGGAUGGUUUUGAGUUGUCAAUGAGUAGAAAAGAUUUUAAAAGAAAAAUUAAGUAUUUUAUUUCAUCAAAAUAAAAAAAUACUGUUUGACGACCAGAAAGAAGAAAAUAAGAAUAUUUAGAGGAAUUAAGUUGAUUCGGGGAUAGAAGUAGGGCUGGGAGAAGAAGGAGAAAAGCAGGAGGAUAGAGGUUAUAUGGAGAAGGUAGAGAGAAGAGAGAGGUUGGAGAAGAAUUUUCGAUUUUGAGAUUUCGAGGACUGGAAGUAGAGUUUGGGAUGUUUUUAGAAAGGGAUUAUAAUGAGGAAGAGAUGAGUUUGAAUAGUUUAAGAUAGAGAGUAAGUGAUACUGGGAGGAUAAUUACAAGAUAAGCAUGAUAAAACAAUGCAGUAGUCCAUAAACUUAUAAAAUUAAAAUGUCAUUAAGCAAUCGUGAAGAUAAUGAACAAAACUCCUCAAAUAUUGAUCCUCCUCCAAGUUAUGAAAUCCAAGGCAGUAGUAACUUGAUUCAUCUUAAUGAAUCUGACUUCUCUUUUUCAAACUUAAACUCAAAUGUAUGGGCAAGCACAGUUAAUAAAGACACUACUAUUGGAGAAUAUUACUGCUCUUCUAACUUUAAUGCCAUGAACAGCAUUUCUGAAAGUGAACCACAUGGAGAAAGUGAGCCAAGUCUUGAAGAAAGACUGGAAAACCUCCAAGAUAAUCUUUUUAGGCAUAAUCAAGUAUUCCAAACUGUUGUUGAGAAGUACGAACCCCCUCAAAUCUCAAAAAUUGUAGUAAAGAAAGAAAAAGAGGAAGAACAUAGUGCUGGUUCUCAAAGGAUUGAGAAUUAUGUUGAUUUUCUCAACUCUACCUGCCAUAACACUUUUGUUAAAUUGAGUCAUUCUACUAAAUCAUCUUCAGAGACAUUAAGAGAUGCAGAUAAAAUGAUGAGAAUAGAAGUUUCUGAGUUUCUCAACACACAUGGAUCCCUUAGAAAAGAGGGUUCAGCAUCUAUCGAAGGCUUUCCUGAACAACUACUUCCCAAAAUUAGCGUUACUGCCAGAAAUGUUGAGAGAAAAACUAGAUCGAUAGGGAUUCUAUGCGAAGAUUCAACUGAGGAGUUUUUCACUGAUCAAAACUUACGCGAGCUGGCAGAAACAUAAGAGAAUUCAAC